UCCUCCUCUUUGCUGCUGAACUGCCUGUCUGACAUUCAUUGAGUCUUCAGGUCGGACUCAGUCACUUCUGGUGAGGAAAUGCCGGCGGCACUGAAAUAUUUUGUGGUUGAAUGAUUGGAUGAGGGAUCUUGAAGUCGUCGUCAGCGCCCCACAAACGUGAAUUCCACUGUUUAAAGGACAAACGACGCAAAUUGAGUAUUGCACCAUUGGAGGAGCAACAGUUGUCAGGCCGUGCUGACCACAACCAAGCCAUGGAGGAUGGGAAACCAGUGUGGGCCCCCCACCCCACAGAUGGGUUCCAGCUGGGCACUAUCGUGGAUAUCGGAGCCGACACGUUAACCAUAGAACCGCUGAGCCAGAAGGGCAAGACAUUCCUUGCGCCGAUGAGUCAAGUUUUUCCUGCAGAAGAUGAUGUCAACAAACAUGUUGAGGACAACUGCUCCCUGAUGUAUUUGAAUGAAGCCACUCUACUCAACAACGUCAAAGUGCGAUACUCAAAGGAACAUAUCUAUACAUAUGUGGCCAAUAUAUUGAUAGCUGUCAAUCCUUACGAUGACAUCCCGAAACUGUACGGCCCUGAAACCAUCAAGUCAUACAAGGGCAAGUCUUUGGGGACUCAGCCCCCCCACGUCUUUGCAAUUGCUGACAAAGCCUACAGAGACAUGAAGGUUCUGAAAAUGAGUCAGUCCAUCAUCGUUUCUGGUGAAUCUGGGGCUGGCAAAACUGAAAACACCAAGUUUGUUCUCAGGUAUCUGACCACAACGUAUGGAAGUGGUCAAGAUAUUGAUGAGAGAAUUGUUGAAGCAAAUCCCCUACUGGAGGCAUUCGGAAACGCCAAGACAGUCCGUAAUAACAACAGCAGUCGCUUUGGGAAGUUUGUUGAAAUCCAUUUCAAUGAGAAGAAUUCCGUUGUGGGUGGAUUUGUCUCGCAUUAUUUGCUGGAGAAGUCGAGGAUUUGCGUGCAAAGUAACGACGAGAGGAACUACCACAUCUUCUACAGGCUUUGUGCAGGAGCUUCUGAGGACAUCAAGAAGAAACUGCACCUCGACUCACCAGACAGCUUCAGAUAUUUGAACCGAGGCUGCACCAGAUACUUUGCCAGCACCAACUCCGAUAAGCAAAUCAUGCAGAACCGCAAGAGUCCUGAGCAUGUUAAACUAGGCGCUCUCAAGGACCCUCUCCUUGACGACCACGGUGACUUUAAUAGGAUGUGCGUGGCCAUGAAGAAGAUUGGUCUGGAUGAUGCAGAGAAGCUGGACCUGUUUAGGGUGGUUGCUGGCGUUCUGCACCUCGGCAACAUUGACUUUGAGGAAACGGGAAGUAGCUCAGGGGGCUGCGUUCUAAAGAAUCAAUCCAGACAGACUCUGGAGUACUGCGCCGAUUUGCUGGGUCUGGAUCAGGAUGAUUUGAAGGUCAGCCUCACAACAAGGGUCAUGCUCACGACGGCAGGGGGCGCUAAAGGAACAGUUAUCAAAGUACCUCUUAAGGUGGAGCAAGCUAACAACGCCCGCGAUGCCCUCGCCAAGGCGGUGUACAGCCGCCUCUUCGAUCAUGUGGUCAAACGAGUGAACCAGUGUUUCCCUUUCAAGUCCUCCUCAAGCUUCAUCGGGGUACUGGACAUCGCUGGCUUUGAGUACUUUGAACACAACAGCUUUGAGCAGUUCUGCAUCAAUUACUGCAAUGAGAAAUUACAGCAGUUCUUCAAUGAGCGCAUCCUGAAAGAGGAACAAGAGCUAUAUCAAAAGGAAGGACUGGGAGUAAACGAAGUGCAUUAUGUUGACAACCAAGACUGCAUUGACCUCGUCGAAGCAAAGCUGGUGGGCAUUCUGGACAUUCUGGACGAAGAGAACCGUCUUCCUCAGCCCAGCGACCAACAUUUUGCACUGGCCAUUCACAGCAAGCAUAAAGACCACUUCAGACUUACGGUUCCUAGGAAGUCCAAACUGGCUAUACAUCGCAAUCUCCGGGACGAUGAAGGAUUUAUUAUCAGGCACUUUGCUGGCGCUGUCUGCUAUGAAACGACUCGAUUUGUUGAGAAGAACAAUGACGGCCUCCACAUGUCCUUGGAGAGUUUAGUGUGCGAAUCUAAAGACAACUUUGUUCGAGAGCUGUUUGAGACCUCUGCGACUAACAAGGACUCCAAACACAAGGCGGGAAAACUCAGCUUCAUCAGCGUUGGAAACAAAUUCAAGAUGCAGCUCAACUUGUUGUUGGAAAAGCUCCGCAGCACUGGCUCCAGUUUUAUCCGCUGUGUCAAACCCAACCUGAAAAUGGUCAGCCACCACUUUGAAGGCGCUCUCAUUCUCUCACAGCUGCAGUGCUCGGGAAUGGUGUCCGUGCUAGACCUGAUGCAGGGUGGGUUCCCCUCCAGAGCCCCUUUCCAUGAGCUUUAUAACAUGUAUAAACAGUACAUGCCUGAUAAGCUUACUCGACUGAAUCCACGACUCUUCUGCAAGGCUCUGUUCAAAGCGUUGGGCCUGAAUGACAUUGACUUUAAAUUCGGGCUGACCAGAGUAUUCUUCCGCCCUGGAAAGUUUGCCGAGUUUGACCAGAUCAUGAAGUCGGAUCCCGACCACCUGGCAGAGCUAUUGAAGAAAGUCAACAAGUGGCUGGUGUGCAGCCGUUGGAAGAAGGUCCAGUGGUGUAGCCUGUCUGUGAUCAAACUCAGGAACAAGAUGAGCUACAGGGCUUUGGCAUGCAUUAAGAUUCAGAAGACGGUGCGCAUGUGGUUAUGUAAGCGGAAGCACAAGCCCCGCAUCGAUGGUAUGGUCAAGGUGAAGAACCUGAAGAAGUACAUGGAACGCUUCAACGAGGUGGUCAACGGACUGAAGGAGGGAAAGCAGGAGAUGGCCAAGCAGGUCCAGGAGCUGGCAACCUGCAUAGACUCUCUGUCAGCCAAGAUAAAGAGUUCAAUAAUGAACCGAAAGGAGAUUGACACCGAGUACCAGGUGUUGGUGAAACGAUCCGAGCAGCUGCUGUCCUCCAUGCAGAAGAAGAAACAGCAGGAGGAGGAAUCUGAAAGGCUGAAGCGCAUUGAGGAGGAGAUGGAGAAAGAGAGGAAGCGGCAGGAGAUAGAAGAGCAACGGCGCAAGCAGGAGGAAGAGGAACGAAGACAGAAAUCAGAGAUGGAGCUGAAGCGGAAGCAGGAAGAGGAGGAUAGAAAAAAGAGAGGGGAAGAGGAGAGGGUACUGCAGGCGGAGCUUGAAAUCCAGUUUGCUUUGGAGCGUGAGGAGCAGGUCCAGCGAACCGCCAUGCUGGAGCAGGAAAGACGUGACAGGGAGCUUGCCAUGAGGAUUGCUCAGAGCGAGGCCGAGCUCAUCACUGAUGACGGUCAGCUGGACCCCAGUUUGCGCAGUGAUGAGGCUUUUUCGGAUCUUCCUAUCUCUGCAUCCUCAGCCAGAGCCAUGGGCCCUCAGGUGCAGGCAACCAAAGCCGCUGUUGGCGCUAAAAAAUAUGACCUCAGCAAGUGGAAGUAUGCCGAACUGCGAGAUGUCAUCAACACUUCCUGUGACAUCGACCUACUGGCGGCCUGCAGAGAGGAGUUCCACCGGCGCCUCAAGGUCUAUCACGCAUGGAAGUCCAAAAAUAAGAAGCGCAAUGACGACGGAAGUGAUCAAAGGGCUCCGAAAUCUGUCACUGACUAUGCGCAACAGAACCCCACCCCCUCCAUUAUGGCCCAGCACCAAGAAGUGGCGAUGAACCGGCAACAGCGCUACUUUCGCAUCCCUUUCAUCCGGCCCGCCGACCAGUACAAGGACCCACAGAAUAAGAAGAAGGGUUGGUGGUACGCCCACUUUGAUGGGCCGUGGAUCGCCCGACAGAUGGAGCUGCACCCGGACAAGCGGCCCAUUGUGUUGGUGGCAGGGAAAGAUGAUAUGGAGAUGUGCGAGCUGAGUCUAGAAGAAACGGGUCUGACCAGAAAGAGGGGUGCUGAGAUCCUACCCAGGCAGUUCGAGGAAAUCUGGGAGCGCUGCGAGGGCAUCCAUUACCUGAAGAAAGCCAUAGAGAACAAGCAGGCGCGGCCCACGUACGCCACCGCCAUGCUGCAGAAUCUUCUCAAGUGAACUCGUGCAAGGCAACACGUGUCAGAAGACAAGUGGGAUGUGAUCGAUGAUGCAAUCUUACCCGUCUCCUUUCAUUUUGUGUUGUUUGUAGAUGUUGUGUUCACCACCCUUCGAGAGGCCUUAAAAUUACACCUCACCAAAAAAAGUCCAACCUGAGACCUUAAUGAGCGCUGCAUGAAUUGUUUUCAUCAAGUGUCUCAGCAUCUCAUGUUGUUCCUUGAAGCUCGAGACAACAUGUUACGUUCAUCGUUUCACCUCAGUCUUUUUUUUUUUGUAUCGAUGCCCAUUUGAUAUGCAGGACCUUUUGCUUUUCAUGUUUGCAGUGUUUUUAUGUUUGCUUCUUCAAACGCACACACCAUCUUUCAUCUUUGCGUUCUGUUUGUAUUUGCACUGUGACACCGUAGAGAAUAAAAUAUACUACACCCUCUA